UCCCAGAUCCCAGCCAAUCAGACUUCAUAUCAAUGAUGGAUGAGCCCAAAAAUGAGGUAAUGCUGGACCAGAAGCUGCGCCGCUUGCCCAUGGGCAAUGUGGCCGGCCGCGAGGAAAAAUUGAAAAUACUUAUAACCAAUGUGUUCAGCCCACUUCAGUUUUGGUUCCAGUUCGUUGAAAGCAACAACAAAUACAAUCUGGAGGGACUGCACAGCAAGAUGAGUGAGUUCUAUGCCUGGCACCAGGCCCCAAUAAUUCCUGGGACCCUACUGCCUGGAUCCAUUUGUGCCGCCGCCUCAAAGUGGGUCGGCUGGCGGCGGGUGCGCAUUCUUUCUGAGUCGCCGGACAAUGCAACGCACGUUUCCGUGUUCUACUUGGACUAUGGCUGUGAGGAGAAUAUCGCAUGCAAAGAUCUAAGAUUCUUGCCAAAAAUGUUCACCGAUGUACCGGCCAUGGCCGUUCGGGGCGCACUUUCGCGUGUCCAUCCGCUGGAGUACAUGUGGCCGGGCGAGGCAUCGAUGAUGUUCCGUCAGAAAGUGAUGUUCGGUGUGGCGUAUGCCCAAGUAAUUGAGGAGGAUCUGCAGGAGGCCAUUUACUAUAUGGAAGUUUACCGAACCAAGAAGCCUGGAGCUCUGUCAGUGAACAGUCUUAUGAUUCAGAACAAGCUGGCGGUUAAUGGGGCAGAGUUACAGUUUUCAAACCACUGUGAGCGCCGCCUUUGCUACGUUCAGGAGCGUCUGCCCUCCUUUGAAAUGCUCGAGACUGGUGCGUUUCCCAUGGAUGCGGAUCGGGAGUUUCAGAAACAUUUUAGAGGAAUCGUCUGCACAGCAUCAUUCGUCAUGGAAUUUAAGGUUCCCCAUACCACGAACCCCUUUCUGCAGGACCUGACACAGGCGCUGCUUGAUUGGAUGAUUGGCUUUAAGAAGAAGCAAAUUGAGCAGAUUACCCCCCAAUGGGGCGCAAUGGAGUUGGAGUACGAGUUGGAGAACGAGCUGGAGCGAGACCUGAUAGAGUGGGACAACGAUCAAGAGGAGGCGCAGAUGGUCAAAAAGAACGAGGAACCAGAGCAGGCCAACGAUCAAGAGGCGCUGCAGAAGGAACUGCAGGAGUUAAAGGAGCUUAUGGAGCUGCAUAAAUUUACGGAGCAAGAGGAGCUGCAGGAGAAGUACCUGCAGGACAUAAAAGAGAAUCCAGAGCAGGCCAACGAUCAAGAGACGCUGCAGAUGGUCAAGAAGAAAGAGGAACCAGAGCAGCAGGCAAAGGAGUACGGGAAGAUGUUUGAGGACAUGUAUAAGGAAAUGUAUAAUGAGUUUUCUAAGGUGCACAAGUAGCCGGAGUAGGAUCAAGAGACAAUUGUGGAUUCCGUCAUACAAUUUAUGCAGCAAAAAUCCAAUAUAAAUAUAAACAAAUAAAUAUAA